AUGCUUAUGAACUUUGAAACUCGGGAUCAGAUCGAUAAGCCCGGCCCUGUCAACGCGCAAGAGCAGUCCCCGUUCUUCCAAAAGAUCAUCCCCGAUGUCCGGCGUCUGAUCUACUUGGAGGCCUUUGGGUCUCGCUCAGUCCAUGUUGUUCCUGGACGGCGAAUAAACGCUCCGGAGUACUUCUUGUACACUUGCCGACAGCCAGACGAUGCGCCGCCUCAUUCCGAAUGCCCAGACGUGGGUGAAGAGAAGUGUAGACUGUCCACUAACCUUCUCUAUACUUGCCAGAUGGCAUAUAACGAGGGGGCUACACUGCUGUUCAAAUCCAACAAGUUGCUGUUCUCCGACCAGACCGACUGCUCUUUCUUUUUCCACCUGGUCCCCGACAGCUUCCAAAACUCUGUCCGGAGUCUCGAUGUCUGCGUCCAGUUCCACUACUACGACACUCACCUCAUCCAGCCAAUGUGUGAGAUGCUUUCCAACUGGACGGGAGACUUUAAGCUACGCAUGAGAUGGGACAUAGAUCACGUGCGCAGAAAGAAGAGAUAUGACAACUUCAACACGGCGCUGGCUGCCAUUCAGCAGCUGAUGAAGAACCCAAGAGUCCGGCCCAAGUUCUGGGCACCCAAGAUGCUAGAGGACGGGAUGUGGUUGGUCUUGGAAAAGGAUGAUCGUCCCAGGCUGGAGUUUGUUAAGGAUGAGAGCGAGCCUGACCCGAACGACGGAGAGGGGGAUGACGAUGGGGAGGAAGAUGAAGAUGAGGAUGAGGACGAAUUCAGCGAGUGCCGCGUCCAGGAUGGAUCGCCCUUCUUUACCAAGUUCCCUCCCGAGAUCCGCCGCUGCAUCUACCGCGAGACCUUUGGGGAUCGCCGAGUUCACAUUGUUUCCAAAGAGACACACUACAUCAAUCCUCAGAAGAAUAUGUCGACUAUUGUUUCACGCCGAUGGACUCACCAUGUCUGCAUUCGGGAGAUCCUCGACAAUGAUGAUGCCAUCCAUCCUCACCACGAGGACAAGGACAAGUCGUGUCGUCUGGCUACCCAGAUUUUUCGCACCUGCAAGCAGGCGUUUGAAGAAGGGUUUAAUCUGUUGUACACGUCCAACGUCUUUGCCUUUGAUGGGGGCCACAACAUGAGCCACUUCCAAGACACCUUCCGCACCGCUAGCCUCAUCAGAUAUAUCGAGGUGUACUCUAACACCAUGGUUUUCGGGGGUGACGAUGUGAGGCCGAUGGCAGGGGAACUCGACACCAUCACCCAGGCCCUGGAGAAGCGGCAGACACCCGUCGAGCUGCGAAUCAACUUUUCAGUCAAAAGCUCGCCGAAUUAUGACCCCCGGAAAGCCGAGGAAAUAACCCACGAGCGGGCUAUGGGUAGUCUGGUGGCGUGCUUUGCAGGAGAGUUCCUUGACGUAUUCUUCGGUGUGGACCGUUGUCGCCUGGACAUUGACCUGCACUACAAGCUGAAAGACGGGUUUGAAUACUCGCUGGAGAGGGUGGCUCCUGUCGGCUUGGGAACCCCACCUGUCAAUAUCACGUUCUUUCAUUAUGCUGAUGAAGAGGAUGAGGAGUCGGACGAAGAAACAGAGGAUUGA